CACCCACGCCAGCCGCACUCGUAAUGCAACCCAUUUAGCCAAUAGCAUCUCGCCAUGUCUCGAGUCGUUAAAGUCUGCAAUUCUUUAACACUGAAGGAACGUGCGAUUGUAAUGUGUUGAGUUUGGUUUAAGCAAUUGCCGCGCCAUCUCGGAUUCUUGUUCAUCACAUCACAUUAUUCUUUUAGAAAUUAUCCUUUUCACUUUAUUUUCAUUUGCUCUGAGAGGGAGAGAUAUUGCAACAGAGAGUAUGACGGUUUUGGUAGCGAAAAGGUAUUGGUGGUUGCUGUUGAUGUCGGCGUUGGUUUCAACGGCGAUAUGUGCGUCGGCGAGAUCUGACAAGGAAAUGAGGGAGCGGUUUUAUGGUAAUUUGUUGAAUUCGUCUGCACCUGAUAAUGGAGACGGCAGUAUAGCGCAAAUGUUCGAUCGAGUUCUUCAGAAGGAAUUUUCUGAAAAUGAUCAGCCUGAAGGUUCUGAUGGAAGCAGUUUUAACAAUAGUGUAGCUGAUCAACAGGCUGUUCUGGAGACUGUAGUUAAGAUCAACAAGAACAAGAAAAAUGACACACAAGUGACUAAUGGAACGAAAUCAUUUGGCUUUCAAGAUGUUUUUACAUUGGAAAAUGAAGAUUCCGAGGACAUGACAACCCUUAUUGACAAUAAGGAUAAUGUCUUUGUCAUGUCCAACAAGAAAUCCAAGUAUCCGGUACUUCAAGUAGAUUUGAGAUUAAUUUCAGAUCUGGUAGUUGUCAUUGUUUCUGCUGCCAUUGCUGGGAUUAUCUUUUCGUGUUUGGGACAACCGGUUAUUGUGGGCUAUCUUCUUGCGGGUUCGCUCAUUGGACCAGGCGGGCUGAAAUUUAUUAGUGAGAUGGUACAGGUUGAAACUGUAGCUCAUUUUGGUGUUAUUUUUCUUCUAUUUGCAUUGGGACUAGAGUUUUCUUUGACAAAGUUAAAAGUUGUGGGGCCUGUUGCUGUAUUGGGAGGGUUACUUCAAAUUGUUAUAUUUAUGUUCUUGUGUGGCAUUACUGCUGUGUUGUGUGGAGCUAAGUUGUCUGAGGGUAUUUUUGUUGGUUUCUUCCUCUCCAUGUCAUCCACGGCAGUGGUGGUGAAAUUUUUAGUUGAACGAAAUAGUAGUAAUUCUCUUCAUGGUCAAGUCACAAUUGGGACACUUAUACUUCAGGAUUGUGCCGUUGGUUUGCUAUUUGCCUUGCUCCCAGUUUUGGGUGGCAGUAGUGGCAUGCUACAAGGAAUGGCGUCGAUGGGGAAGCUGUUGUUGGUCUUGUCCAUAUUCCUCACUGUUGCAUCUGUAUUGUCUUGGUCAUUUGUUCCUCGCUUUCUUAAGCUAAUGAUACAAUUAUCAUCUCAAACAAAUGAGCUUUAUCAGCUUGCUGUUGUGGCCUUCUGUUUGUUAUCUGCUUGGUGCAGUGACAAGCUUGGCCUUAGCCUUGAGUUGGGUUCAUUUGUGGCUGGAGUCAUGAUAUCUACCACUGACUUCGCACAGCAUACCUUAGACCAGGUGGAACCUAUCCGUAACCUGUUUGCAGCUCUCUUCCUUUCCGGUAUUGGAAUGCUUAUACAUGUACAUUUUCUGUGGAACCAUGUGGAUAUAUUGCUGGCAUCCGUGCUUCUGGUCAUAGUUAUUAAGACAGCUGUUGUUGCUGUUGUUACUAAAGCUUUUGGCUAUGGCAUUAGGACAUCGUUUCAUGUUGGAGUAUUGCUUGCACAAAUUGGAGAAUUUGCUUUUGUUCUCUUAAGCCGUGCCUCAAACCUUCAUCUUGUCGAGGGAAAAAUGUAUCUGCUUCUUCUUGGAACAACAGCUCUUAGCCUGGUAACGACUCCUCUUUUGUUCAAAUUGAUACCCAAUGUCAUGAAUUUGGGUGUUCUUUUGAAUUGGUUUCCACCAGAAAACAGUACACAGAAUGAGGAGAAGGAAAGGGAGAGAGUUUCCUUGAUCGAAGCACAUAACAGAUUGUUGUGACCUUGGAAGUUUAACCUUUAAGACCUCAGUAGUCUGUAAAUAUAUGGGUUUCUCCUUGCUGCCAACAUGGUGCAGAUUUCAGAAGAUAGGUUAGAGCUAAUUAUUAACUAUUAACAGUGAAGCAUGAGAUGUCAUGUACAUACCUAUUAUCUUUCACAUUGUUUGAAUAGUGUAUAGUAAAUUUUUGGGGCAUGUCACUUGCUAGUUGGUGAUCUGUGAUCAUUUUUGCUACCAAGAACAGUCCAAUUGUUCACACAAUUAUUUGAGGUAUUGUAGAAGAUAAUUAGUUCGAUGGCAGUGCCAGUGUUAGACAUUCGUAUACUUUGAUAGUUGUAUGAGCAUAUCAAGAACUAAGAUCUUCUGAUCUUGUAAGUUGUUUCCGGUUAAGGAAUCAUUUUAUCAAAAUAUUGAAGUUUUUUUUGGUUU